AACUGGUGGAAAAGAAAGAUGUCGACUCAGUCCAGCAACGAAACUGCAGCAUGGGCUUAUUAUCGAUACUCUCCAUCUCUGAUCGCGGCUACCAUCUUUACGGUACUAUUCGGUCUAACUACGUUUGUACAUCUUUACCAACUGGCCAGAUUUCGCGCGUGGUUCUUCAUUCCGUUUGUCAUAGGCGGAUUCUUCGAAUGGGUUGGAUAUGUUGGACGCAUCCUAUCUAGCCAAGAGAGUCCCAAUUGGACCAUGGGCCCUUAUAUCCAGCAAAGUCUGCUCCUUCUGCUUGCCCCCGCACUAUUUGCCGCUUCGAUUUACAUGAUACUAGACCGAAUGGUCCUACGUCUCGAUUCAGAGAAGCUCUGCAUAUUCAAGAAAAAAUGGUUGACCAAAUUCUUUGUCACUGGAGACGUGUUAUCUUUCUCAGUUCAGGCAGCUGGUGGCGGAAUUAUGGCUGGUGGCUCGUGGGAUUCACUUCACUUGGGUGAAAAGAUUGUCGUCGCAGGCCUGAUUAUUCAGGUUCUCUUCUUCGGCUUCUUCAUUAUCACAAGUGCAAUAUUCCAUAUUCGCCUCCGUAAAUCACCAACCCAACAGUCACAGGCGCUCUCGGGUAUAUGGCAUAAGCACAUCACGGUUCUCUAUGUUGCGAACAUUCUCAUCAUGAUUCGUUCCAUAUUUCGCACGGUCGAGUACGCCAUGGGGAACAACGGAUAUUUGCUCCGCCAUGAGGUUUUCUUAUAUGUCUUCGAUGGAUUGUUGAUGUUUGCAGUCAUGCUAUUAUUGAAUUUCAUUCACCCAAGUGAAAUGCUCUCCCUCUCGCGGGGGAAGUACUCAUGA